AUGGAUGCUAAUUCCCUUCAUGAAGAGUGCGAUCUUGCUCAGCUAUAUGAGGAGAGCCAUAAUAGUGCUCCUAAAGGGACCAGGAUAAUUGUUCAAUCCAGUCAAGAAGUUGAAGCCUUCAGUAGUCUUUUCUAUGUUCCUGUUCGCAUGGUGAUUGACAAAAGUCUGCUGAAACUGGGCCUGGGUGACAUUGACAUUAAUUGGAGUCAAAUCAGUGAUGAUUGUAAAUCUAAGUUAACCAAGUUACUAGCUGACUAUCAAGACAUCUUCAAACACUCAUUGGACUGUGGUGAUGCUAAAGGAUACGUGCACCAUAUAGGGUUGACUGACGAUCGACCCUUUCACUUGCCUUAUAGGCGAGUGCCUCCUGCCCACUGUGAAAAAUUAAGACAAGUUCUCACUGACAUGGAAGAAAGAGGUAUCAUCAGAAAGUCUUCAAGCGAGUACGCAUCACCAUUAGUGAUGGUGUGGAAGAAGGAUGAAAGCGAGGCUCUGUCCAGGCUGCGCACAGUGUUUCAGAGGCUAAGGGAGAACAAUCUGAAACUGUCCCCUAAAAAAUGCCAUCUUCUUCAAAGACGAGUCAAAUUCCUUGGCCAUAUCGUUGACAGUGGAGGUGUGUCUGUUGAUCCAGCAAAAGUGGAGGUCAUCACGAGGAUAACAGCACAAGAUCUGAUGGACAAUGAUGGCUCUGGACAGAAAAGAAGAGGAAAGUUGUCCAAGAAUGGGACAUUUCAGGGCACUUACCGUAAACUUGCCCCUUCAGAUUGGACAACCGAGUGUCAGGUAGCUUUUGACCAACUCAAGGCUGCCUUACUGGAAAGUGCCAUGCUUGCUCAUCCUGAUUUCGAUGAGCCCUUAAUUCUUUCUGUUGAUGCCUCAUUGGACGGCUUAGGGGCUGUAUUGUCGCAAGUGCCCAAAGGGGAACUCCUUGCCAGACCGAUUGCUUUCUCAAGCAAGACCCUCAGUGCAUCACAGCGCAAAUAUCCAGCUCACAGACUGGAAUGUAUGGCUGUAAAGUUGAGUGUAUGUGAGAAGUUCAGCCAUUGGCUAAAAGGCCACAAAUUCACCAUCUGGACCGAUAAUAACCCUCUCACUUACCUCCUAACUAAGCCAAAACUUGAUGCAUAUGAGUUGAGAUGGGUUUCAAAACUUGCAUCAUACACGUUCGACCUGAAACAUUUGCCCGGAAAAACGAAUGUGGUAGCAGACGCUUUGAGCCAUGACCCCUUUGUUAAGACGAUUGGGCAGAGACUGUUGAAUGAACCGUAUUCUUCGUUAAUGUGGGAGGCCAGUGGAGCGAGCGAAGACUGUGUUCACUAUGUUUUCAGGCUCAGUAGCCAAGUUCAGUUCAAUCAGCCCAUGAGGAGUUUUUCACAAGGAGCAGGCUUUGACAUGGAUGAAAUCAGAGCUCUUUCAAAGCACCAAUGGCCACAACAGAUCCAAACCCUAACAUUUGCCUACAACACUACUGUUCACGAAAUCACGGGCUAUCCACCCUUCUUUCUCAUGUUUGGACGCAUACCCAGACUUCCAGUAGACAUCUUGUUUAAUCAGGUACUUGAUAACCCUGAUGUUGCUUAUUAUGACUCUUAUGCCAAGUCUUUGCUGUCUUGUCUGAAACAUGCUAUGCAGAUUGCUCAGAAGCAUUCAUCUGCUGAGCAACAACAUCAAGCUCAACAGUACAAUAAGCGUGUUAAAGGCACUCUCUUGUCAGUGGGAGAUGGGGGUUUGGUCGCAAAUAAGUCAGAACGAGGAAAAAGAAAAUUGGCUGAUAAAUGGGAGGACGGAGUGUUCACUGUUGUUGACAGGAAUCCAGACAUCCAUGUUUAUAAGAUAAAGGAUGCAGCAGGCCGCACAAAAGUUGUGCAUAGGAAUCUGUUGUUGGAGGUGAACUUUCUGCCGAUCCCUGGCAUUAUUGAAGGGUCAAGACCCACUGAAACUGAUCAGCCACUGACCUCUGCAGAGUCUGAUCAGAACAAUUAUGGAGUAGAUCAGGCAACAGUGCCAAGUCAGCCUGACAUACCAGACUUGUCCGAUUCAAACUUAGAGAUGUCAACUCUUUUGUCCACUGAUAUUUCAUCUCAGUCUUUCUCUGAUUAUACGGAUGAGCUUCUUGGACCAGCACUCAGUCUUGUGGCUGACACGACCCUACCCGGUGAUUUGGCACCCUCUCUUCACUCAGAUGUGGUAGACACAAUGAGAACGGAGACCACACUAUAUCCUGGUGCAGCCAAUGAAUUGUCUAUAGAUGAUAGACGUGAACAACAGUCAGAUGAGAUUGCACAAAACUUUCCUCACUCAUCAGACUUCUCUGCACUGAUUCCUCAUUUGAGUGAUCUGAGGAUUGUUCUGCUGGGAAAGAAUGGAUCAGAAAACAGCCGAGUGGGAAACACUAUACUGGGAACAGAAGCAUUUGACAGUAAAGCUGCAUCUUAUUCACGGCAGCUCAGUCAGAGAAUCAGUGGAGAGGUGGAGGAGAGACACAUCACAGUUAUAAACACUCUCCUGCUCCAGCCGAAUCUCUCACAUCAACAGUCAAUACAAGGAGUGAGAGACUAUGUGUCUCUGUCUGCUCCAGGACCUCAUGUGAUCGCACUCGUACUGCAGUAUAAUGACUUCAAUGAGAACAACAGACACAGAGUGAAAUAUGUGCUGAACCUCUUCAGUAAGCAGGCCAUUAAACACACUAUAGUGCUGACUACUGAUGAAGAGCCACGUGGAUUCAUGUCUUAUAAGAGCACAAAUAGUGCUAUUCAUUAUUUAAUAAAGGAGUGUGGAGGAGGACAUCUGCAGUUUGAUAAAGGAAACCCAGGAUGGCGCUCUGAGUUGUUCAGAAGGACAGAGAAGAUACUCAAGGACGAGUGUGAAGAAUUUGUCAUCUGUAACAUGUACGAGGAUGGAGGUGAUGGAUCAUCAGUGGAUGGAGAUCUGAGCAGAUCUGGAGCUUCAGUCAGAGGAGAUGACAAAGUGAAGGAUUCUGAUCUCAGAGACAGCACAAAAACAGGAUGUGAUGGAGAUUCAAGAGACAGAGAAGAUGAACUAAGGAUUGUUCUGCUGGGAAAAACUGGAGCUGGGAAGAGUUCAACUGGAAACACCAUCUUAGGAAAAGAAGUGUUUAUAUCAGACAUUUCUGAAGAGUCUGUUACUAAAGACUGUCAGAAAGAGACAGAUGAAAUCAGCAGCAGACACAUCACUGUGAUCGACACUCCAGGACUGUUUGAUACUGAACUCAGUAAUGAAGAAAUCCAGAGAGAAAUCAGAAACUGCAUCUCUAUGAUUCUGCCUGGACCACAUGUGUUUCUCUUACUGAUUCCACUGGGACGAUUCACUCAAGAAGAACAAACAGCAGUGAAGAUCAUCCAAGAAUCUUUUGGAGAAAACUCUUUAAAGUACACCAUAGUGCUAUUUACCAAUGGAGACAAACUGAAGAACAAAACCAUUGAUCAGUUUUUGGGAGAACCUGGAUCUGCCCUUAAAAACCUGAUGGAUUACUACUCAUGUAAGAUGUUCAGAGAGAUGGAAAGAGAAAUACAAGAACAACAGAUGAAGAUCCUGAUGGAGAGAGUGGAGCAAGUGAACAGAGAAAAAGAAGAACUGAUGAACAAACAUGAAGAAGAGAAAAAGAGGAUGAAGAUGAAGAUGGAGGAAGAACGACAGAAUCAUGACAACGAGAGAAAGAGAAGAGAAGACAAAUUUAUUGAGAGAGAAGAGCGAUAUAGAAGAGACAUUAAAGACAUCGAGGAGCAAGAGAGAAAGAUACGAGAGGAGCUGAACAAAGAACGAGAGGAAUGGGAGAAACAGAAACAACAGGAACAACAAAGAAGAGAAGAAGAGGUGGAGAAAUGUAGAAAGAGAGAACAGGAAAUGUGGGAUGAAUAUAAUCAGAGACUUAAACAAGAGAUGAAGAGAAUAAAGAUGAUGAUGGAGGAAGAAAGACAGAGGCAUGAUCAACUGAGAAAGAGAAGAGAAGAAGAGGAUGAGAGAAGGAGAAAGAUAGAAAAGCAAACAUGGGAUGAAUAUUAUGAGAAACUAAAACGAGAAAGAGAAAGAAGACUUAGAGAGAGAGAAGAACUUCAGUUCAAACAUGAAGAAGCGAAUAAGAGAAUGAAGGUGAUGAUGGAGGAAGAAAGACAGAAGCGUGACAAAGAGAGAAAGAGAAGAGAAGAAGAAUUUAGAGAGAGAGAAGGACAAUAUGAAAGAGACAUUAAAGACAUUGAGGAACAAGAGAGAAAGAUACGAGAGAAACUGAAGAGAGAACGAGAGGAAUGGGAGAAACAGAAUCAAUGGGGGAAGAAGAAACAACCAACAAUGGGAGAAGAAGAAACACCCAACUUUAAUCAUCCUAAUAUGUUUACAGAGAAUGAAGAAAAUUCAUCAUCAUAUCCAGAAUGUUUGAGAAUCUUGCUGUUUGGGAGGACAGGAAGUGGAAAAUCUGCCACAGGAAACACUAUCCUCAGAAAAAAUGGGUUUCACAGUGAAGCCAGUUCACGUUUAGUGACCACUACUUGUACAAAGGUAAUUGGUGAAGUUGAUGGUCGAUCAGUAGCUGUUAUUGAUACUCCAGGACUCUUUGACCCCUCACUGACAAAAGAACAAUUGCAGGAAGAAAUAAUGAAAUGUGUUUCACUGUCAGCACCUGGACCUCAUGUGUUUAUUAUUGUGUUGAGUGUGGGAAAAUUCACCCAAGAGGAGAAAAAUACUUUAGACAUGAUAAUGAAGAUCUUUGGACCAAAAGCAGCAGAUUUCUGCAUUGUUCUCUUCACUAGAGGAGAUGAUCUGAAAAAAGAUUACAACAGUUUUAACUUCAUUAAAGUCCAACUGAAAAAUCAAACAAUAGAACAAUACGUAGAGAAAAGUAAAGAUGCUGAACUCAAGAAACUGAUCAGUGACUGUGGAAACAGAUUCCUGUCUUUUAACAACACAGAAACACAAGAUCAGAUGCAAGUUACUCAUUUCUUAAAUAUGAUAGAAAAGGUGAAGAGAUCUAAUCAGGGCCGAUACUUCACUAAUGAGAUGUUUGAGGAGGCAGCGAUCUCCAUUGAACAGAGAAUGGAAAUGAUAAAUGAAAAUGAAAGAAAAAAUCAGGCUCAAGUUGAAGAAUUGAAAGCCAAAUAUGACAUGGAAGAAAAAAGCAUGAGAACGAGACAGGAGGCGAAGAAACAAAAGACAGAUGAGGAAAGAGAGAACCUGAGGAACGAAUGUAUUAUGGUGGAAUUACAGAUGAAACCGGAAGAGGAAAUAAAAAAGAGAGAUUCAGAGGAACAAAUGAGGAAGAAACAAGAAGAGAAAGAGAGAGAAGACUGGAAGAGAAAAAUAAAAGAGGCUGAAAAUGACAAAGAGGCUCAAAAUGUAAUUAAACGACAGCAGAGAGAAUGGGAGGAUGAGAAGAAACAACAGAUGAGUGAACGAGAGGAAGAGGAAAGAGAGAGAAAAGAGAAACAUGAGGAACAGCUGAGAGAAAAACAAGAAGAACUGGAGGACAAGAGAAAGACAUUUGAAAGAGAGAGAGAAGAAGAAAAACAGAUGAUAGAGGAGGAGAGAGAGAGACAGAGAACAGAGAGAGAACAGAAAAAGAAAGAAUGUGAAGAGAAGAUCAAUGAAAUGGAGAGACGUUAUGAGCAGCUGGAACGAGAGGGAAAAGAGGAGUGGAAGAGAAGAAAACAAGAGGAUGAAGAUAGACGAGUGGAGAAGAGAAAGAGAUGGGAGACAGCAGAGCUCAUUAACAUUUAA